AUGACAGAGACCUCCUCCGCCGAUAUUCUCAACCGCACCACCACCUUCAUUUCCAACCUCGUCUCUAAACCCGACCUCUGCCGCCGCCUUCUCUCCACUCUCCGCCGCACCAUCCGAACCUCCGACAACCCUGGCCAAUCCACCACCGCCCUCAAGCCAGUAAAACUUGCCGCAAAGGCAUUACAAAACGCCAUCUCCGCCGCUAACAGUUUCUCCAUUCAACUCUCCUCCCUCGACAUCGCGGAAAGGCUCCUCCUCUCUUCCGCCGAAACUCCCCUCUCCUCCUUUCUACUUUCUCUUCUUCACUUUCUCCGCCACCGACCCACCGACGCCUCCCUCACUCUGCUUCGAAUUUUCUAUCUAGAUCCCUCUCUGGCCCGAACAGAUAUCAGUCCAUGCCUUUUCGAAGAGCUGUUUUUGAUUCAUCUCCUACCUGUUCUUCAGUGGUUCAACGAAGAAAGAGACAGAAUCUUGUCCUCUGGUCCAUCCAUUUCGGGUUACGAGAUCGACGAACAUUUUGAUUUACCAUCGGUGAUUGUUCCGUGCGAUAAGUUAUUGUCGAAAAUGAGCGAAGACCAGGCUUCGAGGUUGAAAGAGUUGGAGAGAAGUUACGAAGAGGCUAUUGACGAGAACUGUAGGGUUCUUGCUCUAUAUUUCAAAGAGGUAUUGGAGAAUAAGUACAAUGGCGGAGACAGCUCCAUUAUUCCGCCAUCGCCAGUGCUCAAAAAGAUAGACAUGAGUAAGAAUUUGGAGUACAGUGAAGAAAAUGAUGAGAAAAUCAAAACGGAAGAGAUUGAACUUGAAAACGGACGCCAAUCUGGGUUGACGGCGAAAGAUCAGUUGAAUUGUACAGCAGCACUUGUAGCAGUUCCAGUGGCAGCAGCUCCAAAUCCAAGUCUCCAUUUUAUCCUCAGAGAGUCUCUUUUACAACCUUCAACAACCAUGAUACUUCCAGACAUUCGCCGACAUCCCUCUUCUGGGAAUUUUUCUUCCUCGAAAUCCACCCCGAAAAUUGAGGAAAAGAAGACAAAGAUGGCAUUGUCUACUGAGUCUAGUAAAAGGAAGAAAUCUAGAAACAAAAGCCAGCAACCCUUUUCUGUAGAACCCAGCUGGUUGCGGGAUCAGCUAAUGGCCGAUAGUGAUCAUAACCCAUCAAGUGGUGGAAAACAUACACCUCCAAAGGACUUUGUGUGCCCCAUAACCAGCCAUCUGUUUGAUGAUCCUGUCACUCUAGAGACAGGGCAAACCUAUGAGCGCAGGGCCAUCCAAGAAUGGCUGGAUAGAGGCAACUCAACCUGCCCCAUUACCCGCCAGGAGCUUCAUAGCACGCAGCUACCCAAGACGAAUUAUGUACUAAAGAGGCUCAUAGCGAGCUGGCAAGAGCAAAAUCCUGGUUUAGUGUCGUACCAUUCUGGGAAUGAACCAAUUACGGCCAACCCCAAAAUGCCUGCAACUUCUCCUGUCAGUGUUAUAAGCCAAGUAGCUGCGGCAGACGGGACCAUGACUGACCUACGCCAGGCAAUCAUGAUCCUUUGUUUGUCAGAAUUUCUCAAGGACUCUGAAAAGGCGGUUCUCCAAAUAGAGAGGUUCUGGCAGGAAGUUGAUAUGGAAUUUGAGAUUCAGUCUAUGCUCUCAAAACCUGCUGUCAUUAAUGGAUUUGUGGAGAUCCUUUUCAAUUCUGUCGAACUGCGGGUACUAAAGGCAGCAGUUUUCCUACUAUCUGAGUUGGCUUCAAGAGACAACACAGUGAUCCAGACACUUACUCAAGUUGAUUCUGAUGUAGAAUGUAUUGUGGCUCUGUUUAUGAAGGGGCUGAUAGAAGCAGUUGUGUUGAUAUAUCUGUUAAGACCCUUCACCGUUACUCUAAUAGAGAUGGACUUGGUGGAUUCCCUCCUAGAUGUCAUCAAGAAGGGAGAUGAAGAUGAUGAUUUGCUUAAGAUGUGUUUGAAGCCAAAAACAGCUUCUGUGCUCUUGCUGCGGCAGAUUCUUGCAAUCAGCAAUGACAGUAUCGAAUAUUCAGUUGCAAACAUUAUUUCUUCACAAGGCCUUGAAUGUAUUAUUGGAAGCUUGGAGACUGACUGGAAAGAAGAGAGAAUUGCAGCGGUUGGAAUCCUACUGAGAUGCAUGAAAGAGGAUGGAAAGUGCAGACACAUUAUUGCUGAUAAAUCUGAGUUAGCACCUGUUUUAGAGAGCUUCAUGGGUGCAAAUGAUGCAGAACGGUUUGAGAUAGUUUACUUUCUAUCCGAGUUAGUCAAAUUAAAUAGGAGGACAUUCAAUGAACAAAUUCUCCACAUCAUUCGCGAUGAAUGUGUAUUCAGUACAAUGCACACCCUCCUUGUAUAUUUACAAAAGGCUCAUCGAGAUCAAUGUCCUGUAACUGCGGGCCUACUACUCCAACUUGAUCUUCUGAGUGAACCUAGGAAGAUGAGCAUAUAUCGUGAAGAGGCAAUCGAUACUCUCAUUUCAUGCCUAAAAGACUCCAACGUCCCUGCUGCCCAGAUAGCAGCUGCAGAGAUUAUUGUGGCACUGCAAGGACGGUUCACUUCCUCCGGAGAGCCUCUAACACGGGCUGUUCUCCUUAAACGUGGUGGUCUCAGAAAAACUUACAAUGCUCUUAUGCGAUUGGAGCAGGUCGGCUACAAUUCAGGAGAAUCUGAAGAUACUUUGAAAGAAGAGAAAGCUGCGGAUGAUUGGGAAAGAAAAAUGGCAUUUGUUUUAGUGAGCCAUGAAUUUGGUCUGCUGUUUGAAGCUCUAGCAGAAGGCUUAAAGAGCAGAAAUGCCGAACUGUUUUCAGCAUCUUUUGUUGCAGCAACGUGGCUGAUACAAAUACUUGAUGUUCUUCCAGAUACGGGGAUUCGAGGAGCAGCACGAGUCUGCUUACUCAAGCACUUCGUCUCCAUAUUCAGAUCUGCAAAAGACAUUGAAGACAAGACCCUUUCAUUGCUUGCUCUAAACAGCUUCAUGCGUGACCCUGAAGGGCUUCGCGAUCUAGCCUCUCACAUAAAGGAGAUAAUAAAGGGUCUGAGGGAACUCAGGAAAUCUUCUUCCUUGGCAUUUGACAUGCUGAAAGUUCUUUCUGAAGGGCAUGAUUCUAGCGCGGAGUUAUGGAGUCAUAAAGAACUAGUUCAAGUUGAUUGCAGUGAGAAUGGAGAAGUGCUGUCAAUAGUUUUCUUCAAGGACAAGAUAUUUUCUGGUCACUCAGAUGGAACCAUAAAGGUCUGGACUGGUAGAGGUAGCAUUCUCCAUCUUCUUCAAGAGGUUCACGAACAUGCUAAGGCAGUUACAAGCUUGGCAGUACUACAAUCUGGCGAAAAACUUUAUAGCGGUUCUCUUGAUAAAACUACAAGGGUCUGGUCUAUUGGAGAUGAUGGGAUGCGUUGUGUGCAAGUACAUGACAUGAAGGAUCAAGUUCAUAAUCUGGUUGUUGCUAAUAGCAUAUCAUGCUUCACUCCGCAAGGAGCUGGUGUCAGGGUUCACUCAUGGAAUGGUCAAUCCAAACUAUUGAAUCAAAGCAAACACGUCAAGUGCAUGGCUCUGGUACUCGGCAAAUUAUACUGUGGAUGUCAUGAUAAUAGUGUCCAGGAAAUUGAUUUGGCAACCGGAACGUUUAGUACCAUUCAAAGUGGUAGCAGAAAAUUAUUAGGAAAACCAAACCCUGUUCAUUCUCUGCAAGUUUACAAUGGAUUAGUAUAUGCAGCCAGCUCCAGCUUAGAUGGAGCAACAGUGAAGAUUUGGAAUGCUUCAAAUUCUGGUUUGGUUGGAUCGGUGUCAAGUACACUGGAAGUGAGAGCCAUGGCCAUAAGUUCAGAGCUUAUAUAUUUGGGGUGCAAAGCAGGAUGUGUGGAAAUUUGGGAUAGGAAUAAACACAAUAGGAUUGAAACACUGCAAACAGGCACAAUGGGCAAAGUUAUUUCCAUGGCUCUUGACAGUAACGAAGACAUCUUGGUUAUUGGAACAUCGGAUGGGCGGAUAAAGGCAUGGGAACUGAGCUAAGGAGUUAAACUAGAUCUGUAAGCAAAUCUUUUUGGUUAGAAGAAAAAUGAUUGAGAAACAAAAUUCUUUGAACUUUUCUACAUACAAUCUUUGAUUUGAGUUAUUAUUAUUCUUUGACCUCCUCAAAUAAUAUCAAGGUACUUGAGAAUCA